GCCUGAUGCAGAAAAGAGGCCGCCCACUAGGAAUACAAGCCGUCAAGCAUCAUCUUCUAUAGUACAUUUUUACCAUAUCCGAGUAACACACUUGAAGCUGAAAUCGAUCGAAGGGAGAAGAUGGCAGAAGGCAAUGGAAAAAAAGCAGUUGUGGUUAUGUUGUUUUGGGGAGGGGAGAUGAUAAAAAGGGGAGAUCUCGGGUCCGUGGAUUAUUCGGAUCCGCCUAAAACGAUGCGUUUCCUGAGUCGCAACUGGUGGCAGAAGUGCAUUCGGCGAUGAACACCACUGCCGAGGAAACGAGUUUGGAUCUGUUCGGAAAGUACCCGACCCAGAUAGACGGAGAGAAAGUCGUGUUCGUCUCUGUUCCGCUAACGGACAACGAUUCGUGGCGGCGGUUUUUGCAAGCGAUGGAUCUAUCCCAUCCCGUUCAUGUUUAUGUCAUUGCCUCCAGAAAGGAUCCAGCCGGCGUGCGGAAGAGGAAAGCCAGAGUGGGGAUUUAUCCGCUAACGCGGGUCCUUGUGAAGACUUUGUCGGGGAAGACCUUUGUCAUCGAGCAGAACGGUGUUUUAAAAGGAACGAAUACAUGAUUCGGAAGGCAUUCCGCCUGACAAGCAGCGUCUCCUCUUCGGGGGAAAGCUACUGGAGGACGGUGAUAUGCUUAGGAACUACUACAUCCAACAGGAUUCCACUAUGCAUCUCAUCCAACCCCGAUGCGGUUGUUAGUUGCCUUUUUUAAGCCAUUCAACCAUUCCCCAGAUGGAGGGGUAUUUGGGUUCAGGUCUUUUCCCUUCUUGCUUUAUCGAUUUGAAUGCUUGAGUGAUGUAUGCUGCAAUGGUUUUUUGCUCAAAAUUUUGGAUAUUGGAAUUCAGCUGGCUGCCUCACCCAAGGGGUCUGUUUGGUUUGGGUUAUCUCACACAGAGGACGCAAUGUAUUGUCUGGAACUUUACUUGAUCAUGUUUGGUUCACGGUUUUGAGAAAAAAAUCAGGAAAGUUAUAUUCCCGCGAAUGUAAUAUGUAGGGGAUGUUAUACCCGUUCAUGCCUUAUUUAUUAGACAUUCUCGAGGAUGAUCUAAUUUUCUUCCGAAAAUAUCCUAAUUAAUUAUCGCUUUUCAUUUAA